AUGGAGAAACAUCACCCUAUCUCACUCUCCUUUGAGGAAAUUUUGGCCCUUAAGCGUUCUGAGGGCAUUACUGACUAUGAGGCCUGGAGACAAGCCAUGGUCCAGUACAGCCAGCAGCGUAGUGAGCAUACAAUUGUCACCACCCUGGCCACAACUAGUUCUGAGAUCCCCCUCAGCGAGAGCGUCUUGACAUUAAAGACCGCUACUCCACCAGGUGCCCCCACUAUCCACCUUAACCAACUGCCCGUCAAUGCAGCUGGAGAGAACCAUAUCCUCUCAACAUGCAAGCCUGAUGACCCUAGCGCCAAAGAACGUCUCAGGGAGAACACCAAGCUUCUUGUAGACUCUGGUGUUGCUGAAAAGCUAAGCAUCGACCGCACCUUGGAUCCCCCCCUCCUCGAGCAAAUCAAAAUCUCAAACGUUGCCGAUAGCGACACAGAUACCGAGACCACCCAAAAGCGUGCCCAGGAGGCCCAUACCCUCUACUGGGACGCAAUGGCAGCAGCCGAUAAGACCAUCGGAAGGCGUCUUUAG